AUGGUCUCCAUCACAUCUUUUCUGACAACCGUGCUCGUAGUCGUCGGCAUUGCUAGUGCAAAGUCGGUACCGAAGACUGCUGAGCAGCCUGUAGUGACCUACCUUGGUACUCAAGGGUCUAUCCUGUCGAGCGGAGCAUGGACAUCGAAGGGCAUAGUCUACACAUCCGGAACUGUACCUACCUUCAACGGAAGCAUCAUUGCUGGCGGCAUUGAAGAACAGACGGCACAAGUCAUCAAGAACAUCGGUGCAGUACUUGAGGAAGCUGGUACAUCUUGGGACUACGUCAUGAAGACGACCGUAUUCCUGGCCAACAUGAGCGACUACACAGCCAUGAACGAGGUCUACGGCGCUAUGCUUCCGUCGCCGAAGCCUGCUCGUACCGCUGUCGAGGUCGGCAAGCUCCCUGGCAACUUCUUGAUCGAGAUUGAGGUGAUCGCUGCCAUUCCAGACUUGUAA